AUGCGCCAAGGAUUAAAACAAGGCUCUGCUACUAAACGACACAUACAACAGAAUCCACCGCAAAAAUAUCUUGCGAGACGCUUGGAACUUUCAUCGUCUUUGAUCCUGAAUCUUGAAAAGUCGAUUGCCCAACAAUUGUAUUUUAAGCAGCAAAAGGCAUCAAAACCAGAACCUGGUGAUGGAAAAGAGACUAAAGAGAUUGGCAUUCACAAGGAUUUGCAUGCGAGUGCUUCUCAGAUGAAAUGCCGGCCCCCUGGUAGCGGCCGAGAAAUAGGUGCCGCAACAUCAGUCGCUGUUGUUAGCUUUGUCGCUACAGCAUCUACGGUGGCUCUGAUCACUUCACUGUUCGGAAUAGCCGGUGGUGGCUUAGGUGACUACAAAAUGCACAAAUGCUGCGUGCCACUCGAAAUUUUUGGAUUCACCCAAAUGACGCCUGACCUCUGCCUCCCUCAGAUUCCAUCUCUAACCGUGAAGAUUACAAUUACGCGAUAUUUGCUCGAGUCGACAGAUGAAACUACCAAGCCUGGUCCUAAUUGGUGCUUCGGUGGUCUCUUGCGUGUCCAACGGGUAAUUGAUGCGUAUGUAACGAACGCCGUAGUGCUUGCAGAAUACUCUUCCGAUUUAAAAGUUGCUGGGUUAGAGGCAGUGGCACACGACAGUGUGGAGAAUUGCAAAAGGACACCUUGA